UGUGCCGGGCACACCACCUACGGCGGCUGUCGAACGCCAGUUCUCGCCGCCGCCGCUAGGGGCGCUGGGCAAACAGGGUCUGGGCAAAGGCUGCCACUGCCGCCAUUCCGUCUCUAUGUUGCCGCAUUGGUCGUGAGCCACAGUCUUCUUUAUUCUCUGCUUCAGUUGCGUUCAACCGUGCUCCACUUCGCUGUGUGGGAUAGCUUCAGACAAGUACGUGCAUAGCAUGCCUUACGAUGGCCUACUGUUGUGUGCCAUUAUGUAAAUCGGACGAGAAAAAAAAAACAGCUGCCCUUUCCUUUCAUGAAAUACCCGCUGACACGGACGCACGAGCACGAUGGCUUGGCGCAAUACGACGAGACAAGUGGUCGCCGAAUACUACCUCAUGCUACACCAAAGUGUGCAGUCGACAUUUCAAAGAAGAGGACUUCAUAGAAGGCAAGCGACGACGUCUAAAGAAAGGGGCUGUGCCGUCUGUUUUUGAAGAAUACCCGUCCCAUCUCCAGCCGAAAUCAACGCCGGCGCGAAAUACAACAAGCAUCGACAAAAGAGUGAGUGCUACAAUGGCGCGAAACGACUCCGCGAGCGGCACAGCGAUGGAACAGUCGAUGCCAGCAGCAGCGCCUACUUCAUCUGUAGAGAAUAUGUCUGACUGCUGCUCCAUGGACACAUCAACGGCAGCCAACUCGUGCGAUCAAAGCGUCCAGGUAAACAUCAAGUCAACUUCAAGCGUGCUUGUUACUGAGAGAGCGAAGUGGAUAAGGAAAGAAAAGGCCUUGAGGAGCCAGUUGCUUCGACUGCAACAGACGGUCGAUAGGUACAAAGUGGAAUUGAAAACGCUACACGAGGAUGCCCUAGUGGCGGAUGUUUCUUACAUCAAGGAAAGGGCGGAAGAAAAGGAACCUGCAGCUCGAUUCUUGAUUGAUCAAAUCCAGAACUUCAGAAAGAAGAGGCCAAGCUGGUGUGAGGAGACAAUCCGACGUUGUGUAGUAUUAAGGCAUCUGUCGGCAAGGGCAUAUGAACACAUUCGCGGUGAAAUGCUUCUGAAACUUCCUUGCAGGAAGACCUUGAGCAACUAUUUCGGAACCACUAGGGGAGAAACAGGCUUCAGCAAACUUGCCGAAGAUCGUCUUAGAGUAGAAGCUGAGAGCUUGAGUGUACCGCAGUCGAGAGUGUGCUCACUCAUUGUCGAUGAAAUGAAGAUCAAGGAAAAGCUGCAGUACAACAAACAGCAGGACUGCUUUGUGGGGCACGCCGACGUCUCUUUGGAACAGCAGGGUGGUGACCUCACCUUAGCGAACUCUCUUCUCUGCUUCCUAAUCACUGGACUCUCGACAUCGUAUCGCAUUCCAGUGGCCUACUAUUUUACGAAAGGGUUAGCAGGCCCACAGCUUCACAAGUUGUUGAUUUUUGUGCUUGAGAAAGUAGAGGCCUGUGGUUUCAGGGUAGUUCGUUUAGUGAGUGAUAACCACAAAGUGAAUGUCAAUGCCAUGAAACUUCUUGGAGAUGGUCUUCUUACGUACAGGAUAACACAUCCCUGCGACUGUGACAGGCUCCUCUUUCUAAGUUUCGAUCCAUGCCAUGUUUUAAAAAAUGUUCGCUCGCAGUUUUUGGCACAUGACUUUGGUCCGAAAGGAGAGGUCUCGUCCUGCUACAUCAAGAAGCUCUACGAACUACAGAAGGACCUGGUUGUAAAGCCUGUCCGCUACCUCAGCCGCAAACAUGUUUACCCGAAUAAUAUAGAAAAAAUGAAUGUCGCACGGGCAAUUCAGGUUCUGUCGCCUGAUGUUACUGCGGCCCUGGAGCCUCUCAGGAACCAAGCUGGGCACACAUCAAGUUUCUCAUUCGCUGAUGCAGGCCAGACCAUCAUUUUCAUGCACAACAUGUACCGCUGGUUUGUGCUGCAUGACACGAGUAAUACGACCCAGCACAUCCACAAAAAAUGGCCCGACACUCGGCACUUCGACGAUGCCGAAGAUGCUAGACUGGAGUGGCUUGAGGUAGCACUGCCCAUGUACUUGGACAAACUGAAGAAAAGGUGCAGAGAUAAAAAGGAAUUUUUUACGAAAGAAACGUACGAAGCAUUGCUUCUGACCACGUAUUCCACAGUUGCCUGCAUCAAGUACUUGCUCACAGAGGAGAAGUUCCUGUUUGUUCUGACUCGCAAGUUUAACAGUGACCCGAUUGAGUCACUGUUUGGCACAUUGCGAAUGUCCGCCGGUUGCAAUGACACACUGAAUGUUCGUUCUGUUCUGUCAGGCCUGGAGAAAGUUCUGAAAACUGGAAUUGCAGCAUCCAGUGCGACAUCAAAUGUUGCUCACCGUGAACGUGCACAAAUGUCGACAGGUACCCUGCACACUGAAGCUUCUCCUUCGCCAGCACAGCAGCUUCCUCAGCUACAGAGAGCUGCAUGUGUUUUGCAACGGCUCAACACGACAGUCUUGCCGCAGCAGUUACCUUCACUUGAAAUUUCGGCAACUGCUUACGUUGGGGGCUAUAUUGCCCGUGUAAUAAACGAGCACAUGCGUUGUGAAAGUUGCUCUUCAGUCUGCACGAAGCCUGCAAGCAAUCAACCAAUCUUGCAGUUGACACGCAGCCAGGACCGCGGUGGGCUGCUUUACCCGUCAGACCAGUUGCUGUUUGCCGUUGAUGUGCUAAGGACAUUUGCUGAUCGUGCCCUGAAGGACAACCCCACUCUGCAAAAGCCAUUGUCAACACUGGUGAAGUAUGCUGUGCCAGCCCUGUGUGCUUCAAACCUGCUCAAGUGCAAAGACAGUGAUGCCAUUCACAGAGUUAAGCUCAUGGAGCUGAUAUCUGUUCGGUUUUUGCGGCCACUGCUAGUGAACUAUGCAUUCAACGUCAGUGACAAGCAUGAUGCAUUCAAAUACUUUGCAAAAAAGCCCCAGUCCAGGAAAUAUGUGAAGCUGUAAGUGCUUACGGGCUACUGAAAGUACAGGUGCUUACAAAUAAAUGUUCUUUU